GAAUGUGUAUGUGCAAUGCAUACUUAAUUUCUUACAUCACAUGCCCUUAUAAAUUAUUAGCAUUCAAUAAAAAUCACAAUACCUUAAUAAAAUCGUUUAUCAUAUCUAAAACACAUUUUAAUAACAAGAAAAUGGUAACUUUCUUCGUUCCAAAAGAAAUUCAACAAUUUUUUUGGGUCCUUCUAGAACUAAUCAGUUAUUAUUACAAUAUAAUGAUUAUAUUGUUUAUGGCCCUCAAGAUUAUUUUCCAUAUUUUUAUCGAGGGAAAUUGAUAUAUUUGAAUAAUAACUAAAUAUAUGACAAAUAAAAUGUGAAAAUUAUUUUAAUAGAGAGAAAUACCUUUUAGCGUCCAGAAGCUUUGUAUGUCAGGUAGGCCCCAAAUGAGUCAAACUUUUCUUCGUUUCCAAUCUUUGCCACCUUACGUGAGCAUGCCUAAUUUUGUCUUGAAAGAUACCUGAAUCUCCUAUAAAUAGGAAACCAAACAUUCUGCAUUCCUCAUAAGAAGUAAUAAAACAAACACAGAACAAAAGGCAGAAGAAUUAUACAGCAUAAUCAAAGAGAUGGAGAACUUCCCUUUGAUCAACAUGAAGAAGCUGAAUGGCGAAGAGAGAGGAGCCACCUUGGACAAGAUUAAGGAUGCUUGUGAGAACUGGGGAUUCUUUGAGUUGGUGAACCAUGGGAUUUCGCAUGAGCUACUGGACAUGGUGGAAAAAAUGACGAAAGAGCACUACAAGAAGUGUAUGGAACAGAGGUUUAAGGAAAUGGUGGCAACCAAAGCUUUACAAGGUGUUAAGACAGAAGUUACCAACAUGGAUUGGGAGAGCACUUUCUUCCUGCGUCAUCUCCCCACCUCCAACGUCUCUGAAAUACCUGAUCUUGGGGAUGAAUACAGGACAUUAAUGAAGGAUUUUGCUGGUAAACUAGAGAAGUUAGCAGAGGAACUUUUGGACUUGCUAUGUGAGAAUCUUGGAUUGGAGAAAGGAUACCUGAAGAAAGCAUUCAAUGGAUCUAAGGGUCCAAAUUUUGGAACCAAGGUUAGCAACUACCCACCAUGCCCGACCCCAGAUUUGAUCAAAGGACUCAGAGCACAUAGUGAUGCCGGUGGCAUCAUUUUGCUCUUCCAAGAUGAUAAAGUCAGCGGUCUCCAGCUCCUUAAGGACGGUGAAUGGAUCAAUGUUCCACCCAUGCGCCAUUCCAUUGUCAUCAACCUUGGUGACCAGAUUGAGGUGAUUACCAACGGGAAGUACAAGAGUGUGAUGCACAGAGUUAUUGCUCAAACAGAUCGAACAAGAAUGUCAAUUGCAUCUUUCUACAACCCAGGGAAUGAUGCUGUGAUCUAUCCAGCAAAAGCAUUGGUGGAAACGGAACCAGCAGAGAGUGAACGAGUUUACCCAAAAUUCGUAUUUGAUGAUUACAUGAAACUAUAUGCUGGCAUGAAGUUCCAGGCGAAGGAACCGAGGUUUGAAGCCAUGAAAGCAGCAGAAUCUAAUGUCAAUUGCGGUUCCGUUGCAACAGCUUAGACAAAUAGAUGUCAAGUGUCAAACAAUAGAGAACUACAUAUAUUUUCCUUUUCUCAUCUCUACGCGGUGUUGAGAAGAGUUUUAUCUCAUUAUUUUAGUCAUUUUCGUAGGUUAAGUGUUCUUACAAUUCAUUGCAAAGUGACAAAAACGGUACUAUUGUUUUUUUG